AUGGUUGAGUCUGGAAGACUAAUUUAUAUAAGGACACACCAAAAAAGCCUAAGGUGUGAGAGUUAUAGUGGAUUGACUGAUGCUUUGACGAGGGGUGAAAUAAGUCCUGCAGCACAAGGUCGUAGAAUAAUACUACCUUCGAGUUUUACGGGUGGUGCUAGAUACAUGAUACAAAACUACCAAGAUGCAAUGGCAAUAUGUAGAUGGAUUGGAUACCCAGAUUUAUUUAUAACUUUUACAUGCAAUCCGAAGUGGCCUGAAGUGCAACGCUUUUUAAAAGAUCAAAGGUUGAAGCCAGAAGACCGGCCGGAAAUAAUUUGCCGCUUAUUCAAGAUUAAGUUGGAUGCUUUGAUAGCUGACUGUCGAAAGAAUCAACUAUUUGGCCCUGUGGCUGGAGUCAUAUAUACAAUUGAGUUUCAAAAGCGAGGUCUUCUGCAUGCUCAUAUAUUACUUUUUCUGGAGAAAAGUAAAGAAGUUAGGCAAGUUCUCACUCUAGACAACAUAAUUUCCGCAGAGAUUCCGGAUGAAAAGAAAGAUGCUGAGUAUUACCAAGCGGUAGAGGAAUUUAUGAUGCAUGGUCCAUGUGGAAAAGCGAGGACAAAUUCUCCAUGCAUGGUAAAUGCGCGAUGCUCUAAACAUUUUCCUAAGAGAUUUGUUGAUAGUUCUACGUUUGAUGACGAUGGUUACCCGGUAUAUAGAAGGAGAGACAAUGGCAGUGUAGUUACAAAGAACGGUAUCACCUUGGACAACAGGUAUGUGGUACCGCACAAUAGAUAUUUAUUGCUCAAGUACAAGGCUCAUAUAAAUGUCGAGUGGUGCAACCAAUCAAGGUCAAUCAAGUACCUGUUCAAGUAUGUUAACAAGGGUCAUGAUCGAGUAACAGCCGAAUUUUACAAAACAGGCAAUGAUGACGAGAAUGGCAAAGCAGUAGAUGAGAUAAAUAUGUACUAUGACUGUAGGUACAUAUCCCCGUGUGAAGCGGUCUGGCGUCUGUUUGGUUUUGAUAUACAACUUCGUGCGCCUUCGGUAGAGAGGUUAAGCUUUCACCUACCUAAUCAACAGAGUGUGAUAUUUGCAGAUGAUGAUGCGGUUGAGAACAUUGUGAAUAGACCUACGAUAGCACAGAGCAUGUUUUUAGAAUGGUUUGAAGCUAAUAAAACAUACCCCGGUGCCAGAGAGCUUACUUAUGUUGAGAUGCCAACAAGAUUCGUUUGGAAGAAAGACCUUAGAAAAUGGCAGCCACGAAAGAAAGGGUUCUCCAUAGGACGUAUAUUCUAUGUCCCGCCAGCUACUGGUGAAAUCUUCUAUUUGAGGUGUUUGCUCAACAAAGUCCGCGGCCCUAAAAGUUACGAAGAUAUUAGGACUGUAAAUGGAGUACAAUAUGACUCAUUCCGAGAUGCGUGUUAUGCAAGAGGUUUAGUUGAUGAUGACAACGAAUAUGUUGAUGCAAUAGAUGAAGCCAGUCAUUGGGCGUCAGCGGAACAAUUGAGGAGAUUGUUUGUGACAUUACUAAUGAGCAGUUGCAUGGGAAAACCGGAAAUAGUUUGGCACGCCGUUUGGCAACAUCUAUCAGACGAUGCCCAAUUCAAUAUCCGUACACAACUGCAGAACAGAGAGUUUGUGUUGACCGAUUCGCAGAAAAUGAACUUUGCUUUAGUUCAGAUUGAAAAGCUAUUAUCUAAUCAUGGUAAGAGUUUGAAGAACUAUCCUGAGAUGCCAACGGCCAAUUUUGGUGCGUUAAACAUUAUUGCAAAUAGGUUGAUUCAAGAAGAAUUAUCAUACGAUCGGGGAGAACAAGAGAAAGAGAAUCACGAAUUGGUAAGGCAGUUAACAGACGAACAAAGGGCAAUAUACAAUGAAGUGUUAACUGACGUCGAUUGCCAGCAAGGUGGGUUAUUCUUCGUAUCUGGUUAUGGAGGGACAGGUAAGACUUUCUUGUGGCGAGCACUUUCUUCCGCAUUAAGGUCUAAGAGUCAAAUAGUUUUAAAUGUUGCUUCUAGCGGCAUAGCUUCGCUGUUAUUACCUGGUGGUCGUACGGCGCAUUCCAGAUUUGCUAUACUGAUAUCUGUUAAUGAAGAUUCCACGUGCAACAUAAGGAACGGCAGUGAACUGGCGGAACUUCUUGUGCAAACAAAGCUGAUAAUAUGGGACGAAGCCCCAAUGAUGCAUAAAUUCUGCUUUGAAGCUUUGGAUCGAACUAUGCGGGAUUUGAUGCGCUUCGUAAAUCCAAGGAGUUCUGAUAUGACAUUCGGUGGCAAAACAGUUGUUUUGGGUGGCGAUUUCAGGCAAAUUUUACCAGUCAUUCCCAAGGGUACUAGACCGGAUAUAGUUCGUGCGAGCAUUAGUUCAUCCUAUCUAUGGCAAUCCUGUAAAGUCUUGAGGCUGACUAAGAAUCUACGCUUGAAAAGUGUUCAAUCAGAAUCCGAGUGCAAGGAGAUCGAGGAAUUUGCUAAAUGGAUAGCUAAUAUAGGUGACGGAAUGAUUGGGUGUCAACUGGAUGGGGAGUCAGAGAUUACUAUUCCAGAAGAUUUGUUGUUAAAGUGCGAAGAUGACCCUAUUGCUACAAUUGUUGAUAGCACUUUCCCCAAUUUCCGACUGGGACUUGUCGAUUUGUCAUAUCUUAAUCAUAGUGCAAUUUUAUCUCCAACAUUGGAUGUGGUAGAUGCCGUUAACCAAUACAUGAAUGACCAUAAUCCCGCUGAGAGUAAGACAUACCUGAGUUGUGAUUCUGUGUGUAAGUCAGAUGCCAAUGUGGACAUGUUAGCGGAUUUGCACACUCCGGAAUUCUUGAAUGCAUUGAGAUGUUCUGGAGUCCCAAAUCAUGCGUUGACAUUGAAAGUUGGAUCACCUGUUAUGCUGUUGCGAAAUAUUGAUCACACAUUAGGAUUAUGCAACGGUACAAGGUUGAUUGUUACAAGGUUGGCUGACCAUGUGUUGGAAGGCCAAAUCAUGUGCGGUACAAAUGCAGGAACCAAAGUAUUGAUUCCUAGGAUGUCUCUUACACCGUCAGAUCCUAGAUUGCCUUUCAAAUUUCAACGAAAGCAAUUUCCCUUGAUGAUAUCCUAUGUCAUGACAAUCAACAAAAGUCAAGGACAAACGCUUGCUAAAGUUGGGUUGUUGUUGAAAAAACCGGUCUUUAACCAUGGACAACUAUACGUAGCUGUUUCAAGA